AAGUGUUUGUUUCGCGACUUCAACUUCGCAAACAGUGACGUCGACACGCCCCGGAGUUCAGCCGUCAACUCGUCCCGCAUACAGCAGGAGCGACAGCAACAUUCCUCGACGGGAGGGAAACAACACAUCAUGGCUCUUCCACAAUCCGCAUACAAGGACCGUCAGUUCCUUGCUGUUAUUGGUGACGAGGUAAUCAUAGCACUGUCCUGCCUCUUGACCUCUGCUGACACUCGACCUACANNGGACUCGGUGACGGGUGUCUUGCUCGCUGGAGUCGGACACGUUACCGACCCUCCGGACUCGCAAAAGAACUACCUCGUCGUCGACCACAAGACCGAGACACACACCAUUGAGGAGGCCUUUGACAGCUUCACCCAAGAGCGCAAGGACAUUGCCAUAGUCCUCAUCAACCAGCACGUANNCGAUGCCGCUUUUCAUUCUACGCACGUCUAUGCCUGCACAACAUACUCAUUCCAUCUACAGAUCGCCGACAAGAUCCGCAGCCGUGUCGAUUCGUACACCCAAGCCUUCCCUUCUCUCCUCGAGAUUCCCUCCAAGGACCACCCUUACGACCCCGAGAAGGACAGCGUCAUGAAGCGCGUCAAGAAGCUGUUUGGAGAGUAG